AAGACGAAAAGCAGGAGCAUCUUCCUAGGUAGCUACUUAGUUGCUAUCGCAGGUACUACAAACCAUGUCCUUUAUUUGAAAAGGAUUGGAAUGAUUUCAUUUAUGCAUAUGCACUAAAAAAGGCGGGUAGUAUAGUUGCAAACGUCGAUCCGGUUCUUGUUCCCAUGUUGCCCGAUCAUCUCUUUUCCAACAUAAAUUUGAUUUUCACGAAGAAAAUUCUUCCCUUUUUCGAACAAACCACCAUGUCUUGGAAGGACGCGUUUGGCCUGGCGCAGAAAGUGGUUAGUACGAGCCCCGACGUGUGCCAAGUAACGGUGAAAAACGCGACAGAUAUGAGAGUGUACAACUCCCGCUCCCCCUCAUUUGUCAUGCAAAAUUCCAAAUCCACCCUCAGCCUGUUAGUAGUGUUUGCAUGACAGAUUCCGGAAUCCAAAACAGCACUACAAUCCUCUAUGAAUUUGCCAUGCGAAUAAAGCUGCAUCUUUGCCAGCGCUUGUGUUGCUGUUCAUGCAACACAAAUGAGGGGGAGGAGGAGUUGUGCAGUCUCAUAACAGAAGAGUACCGUUUAAAAGUGAAGUCCUACAAUCGGCACGACGCGGUUGUAUCAAUUGCAAAUAUGUCUGGGUCUGGAAGGCGGCAACUUGUCAUGGUAAAUCUGAAGCAUGCAAAAAUCUGUGUUGCCUGAGUGCCAAAAGCUGUCCACUUUUGACCAAGUUGGAAGGGAGUUUCUCAUGCAGGAUAGACAUGAUAGGGAUCUCACAGAAACUGUCAUGCUAGGUCCUGCACUCCAGACGACAUGGAUCAUAUAAAAAUCUGCAUGACAAGUUUACAAUUUUCCAGACCAAGACAUUUUUGCAGUGCAUAGGUUGGGUUGUGGCACCACGCGGAGAUGCAGUUAAAACCGGGGCAGUCUGACGGAAAAGGCAACACAGAGAGACGGAAAAGCCUGUCAUGCUUGGCGGUGCAUCACAGAGUACUAUACUAUUCACUGACUUGCAUCACAACCUUCCAGACCACCCAGACGUAUUUGCAAUGCAUAUACCACAAGAAAAUGCUGAAAGCGUCGAUGAAGGGCUUGCUGUCACCAGAGAGAUAUCCUGUGCAAAAGUAUCGUACUCGUAGUAAUUGUUCUUGCAGUCAUGCAUUACAAAUUUUUUUCUUAAUGUAAAUCCACAUGACAAAUUUUAUUUCUCAUGCUGAGGGAAUUCGUCAUGCAUUUAUACGAGUGCGAUACUUGUGCAAUGCAUAAGAGAAGGCAGAACAAGGAUGGAGAAAAUGAGGAAAUUAGUCUGGAAAACCAAGUCGCCGCACGGUCUCUGAACAACCCGGACACCAUAUGCAUUGCAAAUAUGUCCUCUGGGUCUGGAAGGUUGGAACUUGUAAUGCUAGCUUUCCAUACCUAG